CAGAGCUUGUGGUGGUGCUCAGGAUUUAGCCUGGUUUAUGCGGGAAAGGGAGGGAAUAACCGGAGCACUCUGUUCUCAGUGUCGGAGUUCGGGCAUACGUAGCAGUGUCGUCGCCAGUAGAAUAUCAUGGAUCAAGUAAUGCAAUUUGUGGAACCCAGCCGUCAGUUUGUGAAAGAUUCCAUCAGGCUUGUUAAAAGAUGCACAAAGCCAGACAGGAAAGAAUUCCAGAAGAUUGCAAUGGCAACAGCAAUAGGUUUUGCAAUAAUGGGAUUUAUUGGUUUCUUUGUAAAACUGAUCCAUAUUCCAAUCAACAACAUCAUUGUGGGUGGCUGAAUGCGUCAGGAAGACCUGUAACUUGAUAAUGCACGUGGUGACAAAAGAGAACGUUGUAGGCUUUGUGAUACCGUCUUUCUAGAUCUUUUGCUACUUGUCAUUAUAAACCAGGUUUUAAAGUAAAA